AUGUCCGACCAAGUGCAAGAGAUCCUCGACGUGCCCCGCGAGUUCCUCAAGGACGGCAUCCAGUUCAUCAACAAGUCCCAGAAGCCUGAUCGCCGUGAAUUCAUGAAGAUCUCCCAGGCUGUUGGUGUUGGUUUCUUGAUCAUGGGUGCUGUCGGCUACCUCGUCAAGCUCAGUACGCUCCUCUCCUACUUUCCGAGCUCCCCAACCUAG